GGGACUAUUUGUGAACGCACGAGACCGUAUGAGGGUGUUAGAACUGGUACGAAACGUGUACGAGCCUCGUGAAACAAUUAUAGGUGUGACCAGCAGAAGCUUCUUUUCUGUCCGUGAAGAGCACGUCGGUAAGGCCUCAUUCCGUUGUAGUACUGGAGAGAGCGUGCAAUUACGUCUCCAUAACACUUUCCAAAAAACAACAAUAGAACGCCCACCACAGCAAUACAACAAUUUCACUCCAAUCUCUCUUUCUUCCCUCCCACCACCUCCUCCCCCUAGACUUUUCCUUUCCCCGUUAUGUUUCACCGUGUCGCCAGGUUGCGGCACUUCAUUCCCGCCCUCCUUUUGUUCACCCCUCGCGUCCAAGCUAAACAGGAUGUCCUAUUUACUUCGUCCGUAUCGUAUUGCUCCCCGCCAUACACACUACUCGUUGAGCAGUUCGACGUUGCCUACUUCGCCGCGAACCAGUCAAUAUGGUUCAACAUCUCCGCCGCCAGUGUCGAACCGAACGUUAAUGUUACUGCAAACCUCGUGCUGAACGUCUAUGGGAUGCAUCUCGUCAACUUUACUCUCGAUCUUUGUUCCCUAUUUAAUGGUGCAUUGUGUCCUUUACCACAAUACAACUUUACGGGCUCCGACUCUCUGCAAUUACCUGCCUCUCUUGGUGUAUCUGGUAGAAUUCCUGGGAUCGCGUACCAGAUACCAGACCUCGAGGGCUAUGCGCAGCUUCAACUUACCGAAGUGUCAACCGGUAACGUCGAAGCUUGUGUACAAGCCACUCUGUCAAACGGUUGGUCAGCACACCAAGAAGCCGUAGAAUGGACGACAGGUGGCCUAGCACUCGUCACGCUCAUCUCAGCAAUUGUACAGUCCGCGUCGCUCGAUGCUCUUGCACCUUAUAGGCUCUUGGACCUCCUCUACCUUUAUCAAUGGAUAGCAUCAACGGCCCUUCUUAGUCUCAACUACUCUUCCGUUUAUCGUGCAUUUGCCACCAAUUUUGCCUGGGCAAUGGGUCUCUUCUCCGCCUCCGCCUCCUCUCCAAUACAAGUAUCCAUCAACAAUAUGCGUCAAUUGACGGGGGGUCAAAUGGCCAAUGCAAGCCCCGGCUCGGCUGUUGCACUCGUGAACCGCAAACUCAGUCCUUACAACGCUAUUGCGACACCAAGCUUGUCUGGUCCUUCUGGGUUGAAUCUGGACUCCAUAUCCUCAUCCAACUUUACGAUGGCCAAUUAUAUGUCGCCUCUCUCCAUACAAGAGCUGUCAGGAUUUUCCACUUCAGCUGGCCAAGUACAAGUAGUCACUCCGUCGUCCAACAACACCCUUCAAGCUGGGGUUCCCAUCUAUGUAAACUCAAUCGGGAUUGCAACUGCGAAUGCGUUCAUGACAAUAUUCCUGGUCACGCUCAUGCUGCUGGCGAUCGUGUUGACUGUUUUGGGAUUGGGUUACGCUGUUCUUGUCCUUUUGCAUCGACGUCGUGAAGGCAAAGACGAACGAGUUCUCGAGUGGAAAUAUCGAUACCCCUCCUUCGCUCGAGCUUGGGGUCUUCGUAUGUGUAUAAUCGCUUUCACACCAGUUACCAUCUUUGCGUUUUACCAAUGGACACUCCAGGAUUCUUGGCUUUCUGUUCUCCUUUCUGUCAUACUCUUCCUCUUUAUCGUGGGAUACAUAUUGUACCCUGUCUAUCUAACUGCGCGCUUGGCUAUUCGGUCCACGCCGUAUUCACUUUACACCCACACAGACCAUCUGACAUCCCACGGUCCCCUCUACGGGCAAUACCGCACGCAGCGUUACUACUUUAUUCUUCCUCUCCUCAUCGCAACUUUCUUGAAGGCUCUUUUCAUUGCUUUUGCUCAGGCCAAUGGGGAAGUGCAAGUCAUCGCCAUUCUGAUCAUAGAAGUCGGUGUCCUUGCCUCCACUCUGGUCCUACGGCCGCACAAGACCAGAGGCGGAGAUGUGCUCUCCACCUAUCUCGCCAUCGUGAGAGUGGUGUCAACUGGGCUCCUCAUCGCUUUCAUAGAGAGCCUCAAUCUGGCUGCGAUCCCACGGGUUGCCAUUGGCAUCGUGAUCGCUGUGAUCAUGUCCAUAGCCGUGGUUGUCAUGUUUUUCAACACCCUCGUCCACCUCGGCGUUUUUCGGCUCCUCCGCUUUGCGCGCAAGAAUCGCUCGUUAAAACAAAGUACGGCUGAUGAGUCUAUGCUAGAGAAGGGUGGUAACGGGUCGUAUCAUUCGGGUGAAUCACAAGCACCUCUUGGUCGUCCCAUCAAUCCGACGCCGGAACAGAACAUUAUUCUGGAUCCUACUAUCAACCACCCUUAUCCCACGACGACGCCAACACAUACUACACUGUCGCCACCCAGCGAACAAUCCCACGACGGAUCCCAUGAUGGAUCCGAGACAACAAUGGGGUCACUACUUCCCAGCCGAUGGUCGUUCCAACAGUCCCAUUCGCGCCAUAACUCUCAAUCACAGCGUUCGAUGACGCCAUCUAGUCACCUCUUGUCUAAUCCUUCAUCGUCACCUAGACAAUCUGUGCCACCUUCGCCUAUAACUCCGCAAUCGUACUCACAUUCACAUUCACAUUCAAGAGCGCACAGUAGACAACCUACAAUUGAAGAGUACACGGCGACUCAGUCAUGAACAGUUUUCCAUUUUAUAAUUUGUUUGUUACAUAUGAAUGCCGUUCUGUUCUUGCACUGUUUUCUCCACAUCAUUUUCACUUCGCCUGCAUUUUGCAUUCCCUGAGCCUCUUAUUACACUCAUUCGGACAAUAAAACACUGGUUGCAAUGUUUUCCCAUUCACAUCGUGAAACGUUUACUCGCCUAAUUUCCCUAUCGUAGUCGCUCUCGCUAUAUGUUUAUUAAUUACAAAAUAUAGAUCAGUUUCGGUUACUUAUAUGUACAUAGAAGACCAUCACAAUUUAGAAAGAGGCAUCCAUAAUGGGUGUCUCGAAUUAACUAG